ACGUGCCAAAAUCGAAAGGAAAAAACAGAGAAAAUAUAUACGCGUCCAAAAAUGCAAAAGGGGCAAAUAAAUUGAAAGCGAAACAGAUUGAGAUUAGGUAAUUGGAUUGAAUUUGAGAUUGUCGAUAUAUAUCAUACAUAGUUGAAAGUGCCGCUGGAACCCCCUUGAGAAAUGGCAGAAAACAAACAAAUCCCAGCACAAUACGAUGUUAACGCAAAGUGGGAUGCUUGUCUCGAUUUGGGCAUCCGUCGAUUCGUUUACUCUUCUGUCGGCGGCGCUUUCGCCGGUCUCCUCCUCUUCCGAACUCCUGUGACCCGCUGGGCAUCAGUAGCUUUUGGUGCUGGAUUGGGUAUUGGUUCUGCAUACUCAGAGUGCUCUACUAAAUUUGACGGGACUUCCAAAAAGGACUGAUCGGUGUCCGUGGAUGCAAAGUGAAGAUUGUUGUUACGGCUGUGCCUAGUACCAAAUAUUGUUUUGGAUAGUUAAAGUUGAUGUAUCUUAACCUCUUCUGUUUUGUUUGAUGGCAAUUUCAUGAAUUUGCAAGAACAUACAAAAAGAGAAUAAUAAUUGUAUCUAUUGCAGCACCAUCAACUUGCUCUGUGUAUUUAAUCACUUGAAAGUGGUUAAGUGCUGCACUCCCUUAAAUCUACAAGGGUACUUACAUACUUUAUUCGAUAUUAGAAGUUAAUAUUGAAGGCAAAUUAACUUGAUUUUUGCA